GCACCUUGAAAUGAAGGGAUAACGCGAUAUCUAUCAUUAUCUCCAUGUUAAUCUUUUACAGAUAUCAUGUUAAUCUUGAUUUUAUGCAUUCAUCCAUCCAUUUGCUCCCUAAGCACAAGGACGUCCAGUGAACUACGAGUUACGCCGCAACAAGUCCGUUGCUGAACUGACUGAUUCAAGGAGUCGAAUUGCCUCGAGAAGUUGCUUUGCGGAGUGUGUCUGCCUGCCUUUAAUCGAAAGUGUGAUCACGAACGCGGAAAUCUUGCGAAAUGAAUUUGAAUUCAGCGCUGCAUGAUGUAUAUCUAAUCCGAAAAGCGCCGAAACCCGGUCAGAGAGAGUUACUUCUGUCUCGAGAAGGUAAUAGGAGAACGAACAGACUGAACUAUCUACUUCAUUAAAUUCUGCAUUUCACCGAUGAAGAUCAAUGAUCACCUCUAGGAGAACCGAAGCGUUCAAUGUAGUUCAAAAUUUGUCGAUAAAGAGGGAGUUCCGCCGCCGACGCAGAUAGGGAUUCUGCUCUGCGGUAGUGGAGUUGACGGGAUUAGAUGUCAGAAGGAGGCUCUCGAAUAGCGAUGCUCACAGAGCCACAAGUAAACCGGCAGGUGACUGGGAUGUGGAGAAAUCUUGCCGCGGAGGCAGAGGCAUCUUCACAGCGGCAGCGACGAUUGUCGACGACAAGGGCCGGAAAUGCAACAAAACGAAUCGAAGUGAAAUCGAGGCCGCGAAUGGACGAUCAUAGUGCGGGUCAUAAAAGGGCCGGCCACUGCAUCUGCAAGAAUUCCUUCGCACAUCCGUUCCUCGGCUCGAAACUCGUCCAGCCCUAGACUGGCGGUCUCCUCAAAUGCGUGAGCGUCAGGUUAUUCCACUGAAGCAGCAAGAGAAGCUGUUGUGAAAAGUUGUGUUUUAUCAGAAAAUCGGGACUCGACGGUCGGGCCAUUGGACAUCAGGAGUUGUCACCAUGCUUCCGGUCUUAGAUCUGGGCACUGUCCGCAGAAGCGACCGUGACUGAUUGGACGAUGGAGGCAAGCAGGGAAGGAUGGUACACAUCCUUCCCUGCUUGCCUCGAAGUUCGUUUCCAACAUGGAUCGAACAUCUUUACGUGUAUCAGUGAGAAAGCACUCGACAUCAGCUUGAAGAGAAAUCAGCGAAAAGAUCCUCGCACGGACCCUUUCGCUUCAAGGCGCCACUCAUACUCUCUCACAGCGCAGUUCACGUCUUUCAGAUGUAUUUCUGGAACUUCGAAUUCUUUAUGGGAUUCAAGAAUGAGCACAGACUGGAGUUAUUUGGGCUUGGAAUUCGCUUGAAUACUCGAAAUCAUAUGUUCGAUCUUCCUGACAUGAAAGGGCAGCGUUUCGAUGUUGCAACAGCCACGUUGAGACGAGAAUCGAAAUAUCGAUUUCAGACAGAAGCGUUGCGGUUGCUUGCUGAAGACUAGUUUCGAGCAUCCACGCACAAGGUCUAGGUCCAAAUUUGAAAACGAGUCUUUCGGACGGCGAGGAAAGUUCACGCCAAUGGAGACUUCUUGCAUCGUUGUUUCUAGAACGACGAUCGUUUGAUAGUACCUUGGGGUGGAAAAUAGUACCUUCCUCGAAUAUCGAGCUCGACAUUCUACCCUCGAAUUUUAAAGUGUAUGGAUUUUGCAAUACAAUCCACGGGCUCCAAGUGGCCACCACCAUCCCUCAGCUCUUGCUGCAUGGUCACCAUCUUUUGCCCACGCUGUUUAUUCGAAUAUGUACCUGCUCGCCUGAUGGAGGAUGGCUCCCUCCUUCCCUCCUUCCUUCCCUCCAUCGGUCGCUCGCUCGCUCGCUCAUGUCGCAGUCAAUCAAACCAAACCAUGACAGUCAAGUUUCAAUCGCCUGUACGUAUCUUUCUUAGAAUUUGCCACUCUCACUUAAAGUUAAAUCACGAUCGCUGCUCUCCCGGCGAGCAAGCGAGCGAGGGCGACGCCGAAUGUCAAAGUUGUUGUAUUUAAUUGAUUCGAAGUCACGGUUCUAGUCUGAUGGAUGCAAGAACAGCAUCAGCAACAACACCUGUUUCUGCCCUGAAUGCAUGUGCAUGUGGAUGGAGCUGGAGGGGGUGCCGCGGUGUUGGCUAGAGGCCAGGAGGAGGCUGGGUGUGGAAUUACUUUUACAAUAUCCUCAUUAGUACUGCUCCACAGCUCGACCUUUUGCGGUCUCGGCUCUGAAAAGAUUCCACGAUCAUCACAGAGCAUCUGCCUGGUGGCCCCUCGGGGAAGUUACUCCAAAUUUCCACCUGCUUUAGCAAGAAGCCUUGGCCAGCAACAAUUUCUUGCUAACAAAUACGACCCAGAGCCAGUGCCAGAGCCUCGCAAUCGUUUCUCGGCACUGGAAGUGUGAAUUGCGUUUUCGGCAAUUCGUGAUGCCAGGCCAGCCCUAAAUGGUGAGUGAGUGAGACGGACAGCAGGAGGAGGAGGAGCAGGGACAAGACUCAGGAGCAGGUGGUGAGCUACUUGUACAGUCGUCAAUUCGGUGCAAGGGGUCGCAUUCAUUCCAAGUGGCUUGCAUCCCGGUCCGGUGGAGUCCACGGCCACCUUCAAUUAAUGUGAGAGCCGUUUCGGAGUUUUGGAUCCUUCUGGCAUGGUGGUCCUGUGAAUCGGUAUCGUCCGCCGGAAUCAACCCAAUGCCCCGAUGGAACAUACCAGAAUCGGCAGCGGCCGAUGUUUGACAUCUGCUUAAGGCAUGAUGUGCCCGCGCGGUUAUUCGCACUCCUCUCAUUAAUCAAUUGUCUCUUUCUUUCCGUCCCACUGCCAGGGCUCUCUUCUUCUUCUUUUUCUUCUUCGAUGCUGUGAACUCAUUCGCGCCGAAGUCUCAUGAGGGCCGUCUUAAAUCUCGACGACGAGGAGCAAUCGGCCCCUCCUGCCCUCUCUCUGUCGAAAUUGCCAUGGCCUCUGCCUCCUCCUAGGGUUUAGGACAGAAAGGAAUGUGGAUUUCGAGACCGGCUCCUGAUGUCUCGAAAGAGGAAAAUCGAGACCACCGCAGAGAUUGACGAAGCCAAGCGAUCCCUCGACGGGUCUUUCCGGACGGUAGUCACCUCGGUCUACUCGCUCUACUCUCUGCAGAAGGAGCAGACCUAUCUGGCCUUCGAGGCCGGAGAGCGCCACGGCCUCAAGAAAUUGAAGGAAUGGAUCAUCGGCGACGUCCGGUCGGGAUCCACGACGUCCACGGACCAGCUUCUACAGCGUCUACGUGAGAAACUGGCUCGGGGAGGAGAGAUGUUUCCAAACUCGGAAACCUCGUUCCCACCGCAGCUUGCUCUACAACCUCAACACCGACAACAACAACUGCAACUACAACAACGAUGUCAACAGCCAUCGCCCGAGCAAAAUAUCACCUCCACUCAGCUCUUUCCGGCAUCAGCAACAGCAGCAGCAGGGCUUCCAAACUUCAGGUUUGACAGCUCGGGGUGGAGUGGAACGAGUGCACAGCGCAACAAUCAGCCAGAUGUAUCUCGCUCUGAUUCUAAAAUCAAUCCGAGUUUCUUCAAGCAAGGAGAAGGGCUCUCUCUUGAAGAGCACGACUGUCAAAUGGACAUGAUUUGCUCGUAAUACUCGUCGUGGCGAGUCUUGGCACUAAAACUGAAAAUUUGAUUCAUACAGUUAAUGAUCUUGUCUGUUUCAUAACACUUCAGUGCUCGGCUCGCUGCAUUUUUUGAAACUAGCCUCCGAUAUUGAAAAUUGUUUUUCCGAUUAUUGUGAUGUGUCUGGAGUGUCGUUCUUCACCACUGCGCCCUUCUCUUCAUUUUGUGCUCAUCGGUAUACAACCUUCACCAGACGCGAGCACGUUGAUUGCAAAGCAGGAUUCUGGAGACAGAUUCUGGAGCACGAUGAUAAUUGAGGUUUAGUAACACUACUCCCAAACUGCAGACCAUGUGUAUCAGACUAUCAGACUUCAGUAAUCGGUCAGAAGUUCCAUUCAAAUACUUUAAAUUCUGAAAUCUGUAAAAUCUGACUGCAGCCAUAGAGAUUUACUCCCACAAGAAACUCCCAUCAUCGGUACAGCAUAUCAAUGUUCGAUGCAAUUUAUAACGAGCAACAAGUAAAGGAUGACUUAAACUGGGUACCUAUAUCAACAUUCCUAAACCCUCUGUAAUGUCAUG